GUCGGCGGCUUGUGUAACCAGCGGAAGAUGCCAUUUUGUCAAUCGAAUAAGAUCUGGAAAGAACACCAUUGCGUUACAGCAGAAAAGAAUUGGGAGUGAUUUUUUACCAUCCAUCACUCAAAAUUAACAACAGAGUAGUUGAAAGAGUCCCUAACAUCUAGAAAAACAUCAACAUUGUAAAAAGCUAGCGAAAAUUCGUCGAAAUCCGGUUAAUAAGAGGAUAGAAAAAAAGUAGGUACGGAAUUUUUGUGAGCUGAAAACAUGGCAGACUCAGACAAACAGCUACCGAUUGAGCAGCAACAGCAACAACACCAGCAGGAUGUCCAACAAGGUGAUGCUGCUCAGACCCAAUUGAAGUCGCUGCCACCAAAAGAAAUCAUUGCUACCAAAGUAACAGGCACCGUGAAAUGGUUCAAUGUAAAGAGCGGUUAUGGUUUCAUCAACCGAAAUGACACCAAGGAAGAUGUGUUCGUUCAUCAGAGCGCCAUUGCAAGAAACAAUCCGAAAAAGGCAGUACGUUCUGUUGGCGACGGAGAAGUUGUGGAAUUCGAUGUAGUCAUAGGCGAGAAGGGCAAUGAGGCUGCUAAUGUGACUGGUCCAUCCGGUGAACCGGUACGUGGUAGUCAAUUUGCAGCAGACAAACGUCGGAAUUAUCGUCCAUGGAAUAAUCGCAAUCGCCGCAAGCCACAGGGUGGACAAGGACCUGACGGGAAUGUACAACAGGGUGCCGAAGGUGAAGUCAGACCGGACGGUCAACAGCAACAACAACGUCCGCAACGUAAUUAUCGCCGUGGAGGUGGUCCUGGUGGUCCUGGUGGCCCAGGUGGUCGUGGCGGUCGUGGCCGUCGUUUCAAUAAUUACUUUCCCCGAAACCAAGGUAGACGCUCAGGUGGCGGCGAAGGGGGAUUGAUAGAGGGCGGUAAUGACCAGAACGCUGACUCCACACAAAGGGGCGGUGAUGGUCAAGGUUUGCCCGCACGACGUGGAGGCCCACAAAGACGUUUCUUCCGUCGUAACUUCAACAAUGGCGGCGGACGACGUGGUCCACGCGGAGAUGAAGGCAAUGGUGGACAAGGUCCUCCGCGCAACAAUCGCCCAAGACGAAACCGCAAAACUAGCGGCGCUGGAGGUGCCUCUGGAGGCGAAGGCCAACAUCAGCAGCCUCAGCAGGUAAACUGAAUUGCUAAAUACAGCGAACCACAUGCAGUUGGCGGGUGUGGCAGAAUAUUAGAAUUGGUGGUGAUCAAAUGAUGUCACAAACCUACUACAUACAUACUACAUAUAUAAAUAUAUAUAUCACCCACGUAAAACUAUAAAGAGUAACGUUUACAAGUUCAGUUAAAUUAUCAACCGUUUAUUGAUAUAUCUUGCUUUGCAAAAAUUUAUAAAUAAUACUGCCAAACUGCAGCUGUAAAUUUUAAUUUUACAAAAGUCAUCAAACAAUACUCAUUGGAGUAUAAUUUGGAUCGGUCAACGUACAUACAUGCCCGGAUCAAAUAUUCGUUAAUGCAAUUACUGCUCUGCAUACAGUUUUGUUUUCAUUUGUUAAAUAUAUUCAUACAUGAUUUGUUAAUUUAUAAACAUACAUAUUUUCGUACUCAUGCAGUAACCCACAGGAGCACCAACAUAAACAUGCAUAACUCAUAAAUACUCUUGUUUGUUUUCUUAGAUUUUAUAUUGAUUUUUCUUUAUUUUGUUUUCCUUUCGGUAUAACCCUCCAUUGUUUUACCCGAAAUACUUCCUACGCCUCUG